AAAGACACACCCACUUUCAUUCACUCGCAUUUCCCCCAAAUGAGCUUCUCUUCUUCCUCUACUUCACUCCUGCUGCUGCGGCGAGAUAAACAACAAGAAGAGAUUUCUGCGACUACAACUAUAUUUGAUAACAAAGAGAUGAAGCCCAUGCUGCAAAAAAUCACAACUAUAUCCCAGCUAGAAGACAGUGGAUUCGGUCAGCCUUGGCCCAGACAUGGACUCAAGCUCUUGUACUGGUUUGCUAAAGACUGUAUUUGGAUUAAUGACAACGACGACGACGAGAUGUUCCUAGCAUGUGACCCGGUGAAGGAACUCUACGGCUUUCACCUCUUUGAGAACAGAUACACUAUACGUAAAGAGAAACUUCUUCCAGAUGUGGAGUUUCCCUAUUACUUGCUGGGCAAUCUGAAUUCACCAGGAGCUGAUAUGCUGCCGAACUACAUCAAGAAACACAACACCUACCAGCAAGACCACAGCAACGCGGACCGCAUUAUUGUCACCGUUCACGGUGAAUGGAGGUUUGGGAAAAUUUACGUGACCAUGCACAAAGAUCAGUCAAGUUUUGAUCCAUACGCCACAUUUCAUAUCUCCAGGACCCUCCUGAAGAACAUCAAAUUAUUCCAGAAUCUAGAAGACUUUCUGCAGACCGUUGGGUAUCAGGAGCCAGUUUUCCAGAUGGUUAUGUUGAGUAUUACUGAUACAGCGUAUCAUAAUGAUAAGGAAGCAACUUACGAUGUUUCCGCAGAUACUGAUACACCAUCUCGAAACUGUGUCUGUAGCUGUACCAUACUCUGAAAUUAGUUCUGAAACAACCAGCUGGAUUAGAUGGACUAGAACAUUUAUUUGCUUAGUAACAGAAACAUGUGCUCAUCUACAGACUUUUUUGUGCUUUCUUUUGACUUAAACGGUUAGUUCACCCAAAAAUGUCAUUUCAAACAUUUGUAAAAAAAGUAAAAAGUAACAUUUGGGAUAUAAAAACGUACUUACAGUGCAAGUGAAUGCUCUAUAAAAAUGUGUGUAUCAGGAAGGUCAGCUGCUAAGACUCCUGAGCUCUCAUUACAAAUCAGCUUGCUUCAGCACAUUAUGAAGAGAAAAGGAAAAUGGCAUUUCCCCCCCCCACAAUAGUACCUGCAGAUGUAUAGUAUUUUGUUGUAGCCAAUUUAUUGUGAUAGGCCAAACUGUUUCUUCAAAACAAGCAGAUAAAGUUGUCAAGAGGAAGAGGAGACAGACAUAAGAAAUGAGCAGCGAUACUGAAUUAUCUAGUUGUCUCUUUAUCAAAGCUCUGACACGGUCUGUACAGAAACACUUUCAAGGUCUUAGCAAAAGGGACAGAAAUUUCCUCUGUUGACAACAGUUUUAUCAGGGUGUAUGAGAUGAUACAUUUGUUCUCUCAAACAGUUACAAAGUCUGCUCUGCACAAAGAAAUUAAGACCUCCAGGCCACAAAAUAAAAAGUAAGUAAAAAGAAAGUAUCACUAUAAGGGAAAACUAUAUAUAUUGAGAUUGCGAUUUUUGUUUAUGAUGGUGGUGUACAUUUUUAAUAUUUGUCACUUCCUGGAGAUAAAGUUGGAUGAGGUUAAGUUUUCUAGGGUAAGUGUUGCCACCCUUACACAUCAUGGAAAAAAUUGUUGUAUUGGUGUUUAAAAAAAACUAAUUUUACUGAAAAAAAAAAGAUUUUGAGAACAAUGUUAAUUAAGAAAUUAGUAUGUAAAAUACAUAUAAUGCAAUAUAGUAAUGAGAAUUUGGGAGGAAGUUCACUUAUAUUAGUGUGAGAUUUUAGCAGAACACCCUGUGCCCUUUGAACGAAUGCAGUGCUGAUGGAUGCUUAUUUUGUGCUUAGCUUGCUGUUUGCAUGAUUUAAACUUUGCCACCGGAAAUGCCACCAGAUGCAUCAAUAAAGGAUGUAGAUUUCAUCAUGAGUUCAGGUUUGAGUGAUGAUAUUAAGGAAGUUAGAGCGGCAAAGACUAAGUGUGAAGGAAAUUACCCAUCCUACAGAGAGAAGUGUUAAAGAGUGAGGUAGAUGGAGAGUGUUGGAUUUAUAUGCAAUUACAUGCAGCAUGGAAAACAUAUCCGAUAACUCCAGAAACAGUAUGUCACAAUAAAGAUAAAUGUGAAAUACCAAGGCAAAUGCCAAAAAUAAUACAAAUGAUGGGUAAUUUGAAAGCAAACAGAACAAUAACAUUCGGUAUUAAAGAUCAUAAUUGCUCCCAUAUAGGAUUACCGUUUAAAGGUCCAGCUUUUCAUGUACAAUCCUUUCCGGUAGAUUUAUGUAUCUGUUCAAGUGACGGAAAGCAUCAUGUAGGAAUGUCUGAUUGUAGGAACACCAUAACACUGAAUCAUACAGAUGGUACUCACAACUGUACUAUUAAAUUCUUUAAUCAAACUACGAGGAAUUUUGUGUGCCCAUUUUCUCAUAUUGACAGCGCUCCAGGAAUGAUUUGGACCUGUGGAGGAUACUAUCAUUUAGAUCAGGGAGACUGGCGUGGAUGUUGCUACCCAGCUCUGCUCUCAACAGGAACUACAGUAUUGACAAAGAAAGACAUAGAAGAGAAUGAUGCAAAACUAGAACAAAGUCGCAGAAGACGAGAUAUAUCUGACAUGCCUAAUCGUUAUAAUGGAUAUAAGACUGUAAGUCCAUGGACAAAACCAUGGGAGAAUGUAGGGUGGUCUCUAGCAGGUAUUUUUACCGGAAUAGGGACUACGGCCGCUUUGAAUAAAAUGAAUGGGUUAGCAUGGCAAGUUUUAUCAUUGGAGAAUGAUAGAGGAAUUAAAGAAAAUGAGAGAAGCCGUUAUACAGAACAGAGUAGUUUAGGCGUUCUCACAUCGCAACAAGGAGGAGUUUGUAAAAUGUUAGGAGUAUCUUGUUGUUUUCACAUUCCAGAUAACUCUCGUGGAACAUAUGAAGAAAUCCAUCCCGGAGCCAGAGAAAGUGGACUCUUCUUGGUUCAGCUGGUUUAGCACCCUCUGGGGUGGAUGGGGAACUUGGAUUUUUCACACUGUUAUACCUAUUAGCAUGUUAUCUUUGUUUUUAUUAAUGAUCACACCAUGUGUAAUGCAGUGUUCUUGUUACCCGUUCAAUCACAGCCCUCAUGACAAGAGAUACUUAUCAAGUAAUGAUGAAUGUGCAGAACGUGAGGACAUUUGGUCCUAACGUAAUACCAAUUGAGCGGGUUACUGAAUAUGCAAUUGAUGCUGAUACAGAUGCUGAAGAUGAUUAUGCUCAUACAUACGAUUUGGAACCGGAAGAACCGAUAGAAUCAGAAGUGUAAAUUCUUGAAUGUAUGUCUCACUAGCUAAGAUAGAUAGAAAUUCAAUAAGUAGUAAUUAAUUCCGAUGAUUACACUGGUUAUUGGGAUAACUUGUUGAUUUUGAUGACGUAAUGAUUGUGUGUGUAUAUAUAUAUAUAUGGUUUUUAAAAUUUGCACAAGAGUGUUCAGUAGGCAAGACAUCAUAUUGUCUUAAAGUGGCCAUUGUGAGAUUUUAGCAGAACACCCUGUGCCCUUUGAACGAAUGCAGUGCUGUUGGAUGCUUAUUUUGUGCUUGGCUUAAUAAAGCUGAGCUCUGGUUAAACGGGACAUUUGUGUCUUGUCUUUAAUCCCCGAGGUUU